AUGAGUAGCGAUACCCGCCCAGCCCCGGCGGCUACCAACCGAUCGAAACGCCGUUUGAUCGACCCUGAAGACGAUGCCCGUCAGCACCCGGCUACGGAAGACUCGUCUGCGAACCCCAAGCGACAGCGUGUUUCCCGGGCCUGCGACAGCUGUCGCUCCAAGAAGGACAAGUGCGAUGGUGUCCAGCCGGUGUGUUCCACCUGCGCGUCGCUCUCCCGGCCCUGCACCUACAAAGCCAACCCUAAAAAACGAGGCCUUCCCACGGGAUACAUUCGCACAAUUGAGUUACUAUGGGGCCUCGUGUUUUGCAAAAUACAGGGGAGUGAAGAGGUGGUGCGGGCUCUGUUAAAACAAGCCAAUAUGCCGAGUCACUUGGCAACAAUGGGUAAGGAGGCCGAAGGAUCCGACACCCUGUUGUCCUCGUGGAAGAACAGCGUUGUCCUACGAGAUAUUGAGAAAAUGCUGCUCUUCCUGGAGCAACCAGAAGAAGAACAGAACCGCGCCGCCGAAAACGAGUCUCCUGCAGACGCGGAAGGCAGUAGUGUUCUCUCAGCUGAUACGCUGGAGUGGCACAUGCCUGAAUCCACGGCCGAUGGACGAGAACAUUCGACGGCCUCUGGGUUCUCUCCGGUGAAAACACCGUCUGCAGCGUCAACUGCAAGACACCAUGCCCCACGUCCAAUGCGAGAUUCGGCAAUUCAGACAACACUUGUUGAUGCGAUACCCCCUUUACUCCCUCCCUCCGCACAGACGACCGAAACCCACUUCAAACUUCCGGCAAACACAUGGCCCUUACUUGACAUAUAUUUCUCCUACACGCAAUGCUGGUUUCCCAUCCUCGAGAAGCAUGAUAUUCUACGUACCGCUUUUCGCCUCUCAGAAGACGAUACCGCGAUCUCACCACUGUCAGCUGGAUCUGGCGAUUAUGCAGCCUUGUGGGCGAUUUUGACUUUGGCUUCCUUCCAGGAGGCAUCAAUAGCUAUAAUUCGCCAGCUUCCACGCACAGCUGGUGAUCACUCAAACCCUAACCAGUUAUAUACAACUACGAUAAAGCUCAUCCCGACGGAGGACGGUGUCUACGAAAUGGGCCACGUCCAAGCCCUUCUGAUCCUGUCGCUUGUCAAGAUCGGCCAGCAGGACUGGCCCGCAGCAUGGCGACUGGUCGGCCGAGCCAUUCGGAUCUUCCAGUGUCUGGGAUUGGACCUAUCAUCCCCAGCGACAUCGAAUGGGGGUGGGACUGGACCCGGCCGAACAAAGCAUGCUUUUCUGGGCUGUUUUGUGCUGGAAACUUUGGUUGCGGUGCGUACUGGCCAUCUCCCGUCUCUGCGGAAAGAAUGUCUGUCCGAGGUCGGUGCGAUUAACGAGGAUGGCCUGGAAGAAUGGCAUCCUUGGGAGGACCAGACUGGUCUUCGCGCAGUUGAACAAGGGCGCGGUUCUUUCCACCGUGGACCACUCCACGCGCUGAGUACAUUCAACCGGUUGGUGUCAUUGAUGUGCAUCAUAAACGACUUUUGCUGUUUGACGUGGAACUCCAUCACGACACCACAGUUAGGGUCGCUUCAACGCCAGCUCCAACUCUGGGUCACAGCGUUACCGAAAAGCUACCGAAUAGACCUUCAAGGAAACAUGAACAAACCAGCGUCGCCGCACAUUUUCGGGCUAGAAAUGAUGUAUGAGAGCGCCGUGGUCAUCUUGAGCCGAGAGAUCGCAGCGAGGAACGAAGGGGAAAGCGGCAUCGCCCACAAACAGGGCAUGAUCGAAGGCUCCAAGAGGUUACUCAUGCUGGUACAAAGAUAUAUGGAGACGUACAGUCUGUCGGCAACGUGUCCGACCUUUGGGGCUCUCCUCACACUUGCGAUACAAACAAGAGAAAGCAUCUCCGACGUCGAGCCUGGACUCAAGCAGAAGCUGCAGUCUUUUUCUUCCCAUCUUAGUACCGUCUGGUCUACACAGGAGAAUCUUGGUGGGGAUUUGAGCUCUGAAGGGCCGAUUCCUCGUGCAUCCGCUCCUCCGGCGCCUCGCCCGAGCCUGUCCACAUUCGACUCACCCGCGAGCUCAUUUCUUCCAUCCGCGUCUAGUAGAGAAGGGGCUAUGCGACGAACAAGCGCACUGGAUGAAGGGCGGUCCGGCUUUCCGGCACCGGAUUCCUUCUUGUCCAAUCCAUGGAUGAGAUCAGCUCCUAGCAUGGAUGAUAAUGCUGGCCUAUCCUUACCUACCCCUACCCCGUCCAUCAAUAUCAGCCGCACAACCGAUGCAUCGCGAACGCCACACCGACAUCGACCUUCUCUCUCCGCUACAAAACCGAUGAACGCACCUCCCAUGAUUCCCGACUUAACAUCACCCUUUCCUCCCACCGCACCUCAUUACCAGACUCCUUACAACGACCCGAAUCUAAACCUGGGGUCAUUCGUUGACAUGGACGCUUACGGCCCUCUACAUCGGCCGCGAAUCGCACCAGACCUGGACGCCCUGUUUGACGAGCUGGCGUCAUUAGACGGCACCGAGAAGGCCGACAACCAACCCGAGUUUAUGCAAAACUUGGGCUUCGUCCCGGACGCCGGCAUCCCCGAGCUAUAUUCCUACGCGAGCCAGGUGGAGCCGUUCCUGCUGGCGCAGACACAACCGCUCCCGCAUGAAGCGGGUGGAGCACAAGAGGGCGACAGUCAGUCGACGAGACGAUGA